AUGUGGAUGGUGUGUGUGCUCGCGCUGGUCUUGUCCGUCGCAGGAAGUGGUGUCAAAGUGCCAGAUAAGCCCCGCCUCCCGAACUUUGUCCUGAUCAUGGUGGAUGACCUGGGCAUCGGGGACAUCGGCUGCUAUGGAAACCACACCAUUCGGACCCCUCACAUCGACCGUCUGGCCUCAGAAGGGGUCAGGCUGACUCAGCACCUCUCUGCAGCUCCUCUCUGCACCCCGAGUCGCGCCGCCUUCCUCACGGGACGCUAUGCCCUGCGCUCCGGCCUAGGCAGUGCAGGUCGGGUGCAGGUGCUGCUCUUCCUGGGGGGCUCCGGGGGCCUGCCUCCCUCUGAGACCACCUUCGCCAAGAGGCUGCAGCAGCAGGGCUACACCACCGGCCUCGUGGGGAAGUGGCAUCAGGGCGUGAGCUGUCAUCACCGGGACGAUCACUGCCACCACCCGAACCAACACGGCUUCAGCUCCUUUUACGGCUUGCCCUUCACCCUGUUCAACGACUGUGUCCCGGGCCAGGGCAGUGACGUGCUGGCCGACCUCCAGUCCACCCUGCGCAGCCUCACUCUGCUGCUCGGGCUGGGACUGGUCACGCUGGUGUGUGUGCGGCACUGCGGCCUGGUGGACCUCAGCCCCUCUCUGCUCCUCUUUCUCCUCUUCCUCCUCUUUUGCCUCGCCUCGGUGUGGGUGCUGCCGUUCACACUGCUGCGUCGCUGGAACUGUGUGCUGAUGCGGGACGGAGAGGUGGUGGAGCAGCCCCUCAUAGUGGAGACCCUGCCCCAGCGCCUGCUCAAGGAGGCCAAGGACUUCAUCCACAGGAACCAGGAUGGCCCCUUCCUGCUCUUCUUCUCCCUGGUGCACGUCCACAUACCUCUCUUCACAAACCCUGACUUUAUGGGCAGAAGUCUCCACGGUCUCUAUGGCGACAACGUGGAGGAGGUGGACUGGAUUGUAGGCCAGGUGACGCAGACCAUAGAUUCGCUGGGCCUGUCCAACCACACGCUCAUGUACUUCACUUCGGACCAUGGGGGACACCUGGAGGACCGUGACGCCACAGGGCAGAAGGGCGGCUGGAACGGCAUCUACAAAGGGGGGAAGGCCAUGGGGGGCUGGGAGGGGGGGAUCCGGGUACCUGGAAUCUUCCGCUGGCCCGGGACGUUGCCCCCCGGCAGAGAGGUGCACGAGCCCACCAGCCUCAUGGACCUGUACCCCACACUCAAGCACUUGGCUCGGGACACAAAACCUGACAGACUCUUGGACGGUCAUAACCUGAUGCCUCUCUUGGAUGGGACAUCCCAGAGCUCUGAGCAUGAGUUCAUGUUCCACUACUGCGGGAAAUACCUCCACGCUGUCCGCUGGCGUCCCCCUGGAAGUGACUCUGUGUACAAAGCCCACCUGUUCACCCCUAACUUCUCCCCGGGGGGCGCUGUGGGCUGCUACCACACCCAUGUGUGCAUGUGCCACGGCGAGUAUGUGACCGCACAGACUCCGCCCCUUCUGUACGAUCUGAGCAGAGACCCCUCGGAGUCCCGGCCCCUGAGCGCACAGAGCGAGCCGCGCUACCACGAGGCCCUGCGGCGCAUGGAGCAGGCUGUGCACGCACACCAGGACACGCUGAGGGCCCAUGUUCACCCCGAGGGCCCCUCUGCUCAGCUGUCCUGGGGCCACGUGCUCUGGAGACCCUGGCUCCAGCCGUGCUGCGGGACAUUCCCCUUCUGUGCCUGUGAGGAGCAGGUGCACAGUGCUGACUGA